GGGAAAGUCGGCUUUAAUCUGCAAGGCAUUGAAGUAGGCGUGUGAGUUCAGGGUGAACGUGUUGCUGUUGGAAUUACAGUUUAAUGAGGAUUUCAUCAACAGACUCUGAUAAUUAUAGAGCUCUUUUGCUCUGUUUUCAGUGUUGUUGUUUUUUACUGAGUAAGGACUCUCAAGAAUAAUAGAGUUUAAAGGUUUGAUGGUUGUGCUCAAACCGAUUUUUGGGAAUGCAGACUUACAGGUAAUCAGUAGGUGUUGGCUCAGGUUGUGUGUAUUACAGUAGUGAGAAGUAAAGGUGCAGCUGCAGAGGGAGUGGUGAGGUGCAGAAACAAUCGGAGGGAGAGUCAGAGGGUGGAACUAACAGGGGGGUGAGGCUGUCAGGGGGACAGGGAAAUGAAGGAGUCAGCAAGACUGCUCCUGCAACCACUGAUUCGUCCUCUCUGAGCUCGUCUGGCAGGGGAGGAAGGCAGGGAUGGCUGCAGAUAAACCGGAGGACGGAGCGAGGAGUCAGUGAGGGGGGAAGCAAGAAGCCCAUCAGCAGCCAUCAUUUAUCUUCUCCAUCUAUACAAGGAAACCACUGGAUAAUUUAUACGCCUCUCCCUUCUCACUGUGUGUGAGAGAGGGAAGAUACUCACCAUGCUGCUGAAUGUUGCUGCUGCUGCGGUGUGGCUGCUGGCACAGCUGGGCCCGGGCCUGUCUCUUCCAGCUGAGCAUGACUCAGAGCCAGGCUUCACGCUCUGUGACGGCUGCUUCUACAGACAGACGCCUCCCCGGGGAGCCGCAGCUGAGCCGCCGCUGCACCAACACUGCCACAGACUGCCGGGGGGACGGGCAUUCACCGCUCUGUCCAGGCCGGCCUGUGACACGGCUGUCUGCUCGGCCUUCCAUCUCAGCCACGGAUGGACGGGGAGGGAGGAGCUGCAGGAGGGGGAGGCUGUGACAGAGGAAGAACAUGGUGUCAAAGUCGCCGUUCCAGUUCUUCUUAGAGGAGCAACAGAGGAUCCGUCUGACUCUCCACUUCAACAGUGGGACUCAACAGUGGCGGCACUGAUCCAGUCCAGCAUUAUUCCCAAGUGCGCCGCUUUAGGAGGGGGUGUCUACGUUCUGACAGGAGCAGGACGUCUCGGGGCAGCUGAGGAUGGAGACAAAGCGUGUCAGGCCAAUCCGCGGUGGAUGGCAACGUGCUGCGCUCCUCCAGGGGGGAAGAGCGGCUUCAGUGUGGGGUUAAUCAAAGAGACAGAAGAGGCGGAGAGGCAAGUGAGCAUAAAGGAGCUGGAGGAGAUGUUAGGGGUGGAGGAGCUGUUCUCUGAAAGCUGUGGGGAAGAAGACAGGGAGACAGCUGCAGCCGCAGAGGGGCUUCACACCGACGCGGUUCAUGCAAAUGCCACACAAACAGAUGUGAAUUCAGAAACUGUUGACCCACAUGCAAAGGCAGACAUAGAGGAGAGCAGCAAAGAUUCAACACCGGAGGAAAGGGUUGGUGUUGAUGCUAAAUCGGAGGAUUCUGACCUUUCAGAGGAAACUGCAGCAGAAUCUGUAAUUUCUGUCAGCAGCAGGGUGCAGCAGUACAGCGAAUCUGUUCCUGAAGACGACUCAAACUCCACCAGCACUCUGCUCUACGUCCUGUCCACCACCCUGUCCAUCCUGACAGUUCCUCUCCGCCCCGUGUUCUCCACCGUCACAGAGUUUCCUGCUCAGGUGACUCAUGUUCUUCAGGAAGAUAUGGGAGUCCUGUCCGCGCUGCCUGGCGACACCUUCACACUGUUUCACCUCCUCACCUCUGACCUCCUCUCCUGGACGGGAUCAGCUGGAGAAAUGCUGCUCGGUGUUGGGGAGACGUGCUUCUCCAGUGUUUAUUACUGUUCUUCGUCAAUGGCGGAGGCCCUGCUGAGCAGCUGCCACACCGGCCUGACGGGCAUAGGAACCCUGGCCGGAGACACAGUGGGGAUUUUUGGUGGUGUUCUGGAUAAUAGCUGGUGGCUGACCAAGUUCUUAGGAGGGAGACUGUGGGAGCAGACUGAAGGCUAUGUGGGUAACGUGGUGUCGGAGAUGGGGGGUCAAGCUCAGGCUGUGGGCGGAGGACUGGGCAGGCUGGCCUGGAGAAGCGUGAGCGGAGUGGGCAGCGUCUUCACGAUGGGAGGAAAUUUUAUAAUGGGGAUGCUAAAUGUGGUUUUUGGUGCAGCAGGAGAGGCGUUUGGGAAGGAAUCAGAGUAAAAGGGUGAAAGGUUUAGACAAAGCCAUAAAUAAAGUGUCUAUAUUCAGUUUUGGUUUGGAUUUUACUUGUGCACCCGGGAAGCUGAAAAAUUAAAACUUGAUGUCAUUUGAUAUGCCUUA